AUGACGGAAACUCCUGAUUUAUUAAAAGCCAUCCAAGAUAUUCAGUCUUCGUUAGCCGUUUUACCUGAUAUCCAAGUUAAAAUAGCAAAGUUAACUGAAGCUAUUUCUGCUCUUGUACCUCCCGAAAGGAAAGACUCUCAAAAAGUUGUAACUAAUGGGGUUUCCGGUUUAUCUAUAUCACCAACGUCUCCUACAGUAGAAACGAUAGGAUCAACUAACGAACCUAUUAAUGAUUUAUCAAAUAUUAAACAACUUUCUGAAAAAGACUUAAGCAGUAUAAAGGUUGUUAGUAGUGAGUCUCAAAAUAAUUUAGGUGAAUCAAGUGAUAAAACUAAAAAAAGGAUGUCCGUCGCUGAGAGAAGAAAAUCUAGAAGAGCAAGGAAAAAACAGGUUACUAGUCAAAGUCAAGGCGAAUCCUCAUCUAAUGAGGCUAACGAGGCUGAAAUUGAUCAAAAAUCUACGCCAGAGAACCAACCCCAAAAAAUACAAGAGCAGGAUAACGCGCUUAUUCGGGAUGGGGUAGCACCUGCACAGCCUAAACCACAGCCUCUACCAAGAGCGCCAGCGCGAAAUAAAAUAAAUAGAGCAAUUUAUAGAAGUGGCAGUAGGGAGCCAGAUAAGAAAUCUGGAAAUGUUUAUCCACGUGAAACGUUGCAGGAUAAUUAUAAAUUAUCUGUAUCCACUUUUGAGGAAAUGAAAUUAAGAUCAGAAUUAUUACGAGGAAUUCGUGCUCUGGGGCAUGAUCAACCAACUUCUAUCCAGAAACGCGCAAUCAAAGCGAUCUUAACACGUCGUGACGUCAUUGUUCAGGUGCCUCGUUCCGAAGAAAGAACUUUAACUUAUUUGAUCGGUCUUCUUCAACAUGUAGACCCACGUGAUACUUUUUGCCAAGGAAUUGUUCUUGUGCAUUCUAAAGAUUUAUGCUUUGCCAUUCAAGAUCUUAUCCAAGUAAUGGCUAAACAUCGACAAAUUACCUGGUCAGCUUGCGUUGGUGGUUAUCCUGUGAGGCAAGAUAUUGAAAAAUUGAAAAGUGUGGGUCAACAAAUAAUCAUUGGAACUCCAGGCCGUUUAAUCGAUUUAAUGAGUGAACGAAGGGGAUUUGAUAUCAGUCACGUCAAAAUGGUUGUUGUCGAAGAUUCCUGUAUUAUGUUUAAUAGCACAUUUCGUACGCAGGCUUUGGAUAUCAUUCAUCGUUCACCAAGUAGAGCACAAAGAGUUUUCAUGACUACAGCCACAACUUUCACUCUUGCCGACAUCAAACGAAUAUUAACACCGAAUGCCUAUAUCAUCCUCUCCGAUGUACACAUGAGUGAAGGAUUAGAACUAUUUUAUACACUUGUAGAAAAGGAAGAGUUGAAACUUAACUCUCUUUGUGAACUUUACAAAACAUCUGAUAUGGGGAAGUCAAUUAUCUUUUGUGACAAUGGAGAAAGGGUCGAUUGGUUGGCCGAUAAAUUAUCUGCAUUAUUUGAAAAUAUUGAAGUGUUCCCAUUGCAUUCUAUGACAAACCAAACUGAGCGACAUGAGAUUAUCAAAUCAUUUUGGCAAUCAUCAAGUCCAGCAAUUGUUGUCACGACGGAUAGCUUUGCAGCGGUGCUUUCAUUUAAACCAGUUAAAUAUAGUAUUCAUUUUGAUUUACCAUACAAGAAAGAAGAUUAUCAUGAUCGGAUCUGCUGUUGUGGUGGGUAUGGCUCUCCAGGUACCGUCAUUAAUAUCCUAAUGCGAAAUCAAUUAUAUGAUCUUGGACUUCUUGAACGCUAUUUUCGAAUACAGAGUAAAGAACUUCCGGAGAAAACACCUAUUUAG